GAAACAUUUGAAGACCAUAAAGUUUAUCGUAGUUUUGAAGCUCAACCAUUGAGCCUGUGCGAAGAAAAAAAGUUUGCUAACACCAAACGUUAUGGCAAGUAUCCGAUUAAUCUCGACAAGUAGAGUUCAAGCAACAAGCAGCCCAGAGUCAUCAACACAGAGGAUUGAGUUAACGUCAAGCGAUCUUAAGCUCUUUUUGUUUGGAUCCAUCCAAAAGGGACUUCUUUUCCCGAAACCCAAACCGAAUCCAUCAUCGGAAGUGAAAAGAUUGGAUGAAACCUUAAUCCAACAAUUGAAGAACUCGCUUUCUCGCACACCAGCUUUUUCCACCCCACUUGCAGGCCGCCUAGCAAUAGAAGAACACGAUGAUGAAACUGCCUCUUUCUUCAUCGAAUGCAACAAUGCCGGAAUCCAAUUUGUUCAUGCUGUGGCCGAUGAUAUUACCAUUUCUGACAUCCUCGAACCCAUCUAUGUUCCUCCCUUUGUUCACUCAUUCUUUCCACUAAAUGGGGUAAGAAACUACGAGGGUGUUUCCAAACCAUUGCUAGCUGUUCAAGUUACAGAGCUUGUCGAUGGAAUCUUUAUAGCUUGCACCAUGAACCAUUCAGUUGCCGAUGGCACAACGUUUUGGAAUUUCUUCAAUUCCUGGUCUGAAAUUUCUCGCAAGAAUUCAGAUCGGACUUCUAAACCACCUGUCAUUGAACACUGGUUUCGUAGCCAUUGCACUAUCCGGUUGCCUCUCUCAAUCUUCAGAACUGAAAAUGGAAUCAUUCCAACAUCGCCUUCGUUCCAGGAGAGGGUUUUCCAUUUCUCGAAAGAAAAAAUUGCAGGUCUCAAAGCACAAGCCAAUGCUGAGGCUGGCUGUGAGAAGAUCUCCUCUUUACAAUCAGUCUUGGCACAUCUUUGGCUAUCUGUAAUUCGAAAUCGUCAACUCAUUGAUCCCAAUCAAGAGACCAACUUCCACUUGAUGGUUGGUAUUAGAUCAAGAUUGCAGCCACCUUUGCCAGGAGAGUAUUUUGGAAAUGCGGUUCAGGGAGUGACAGUGACGUUGAAAGCAAGAGAGGUAAUCAAGCAAGGACUUGGCUACACAGCUCUAGAGAUGAACAGGAUGGUUAACACUUACACAGAAGACAAGGUCAGAAAAGUUUUAGAGUCUUCGAUACAGCAGCCUAAGAUACUUAAAAUGGAUGGCAUUCCACAAGAUGAUUUGGCGGCAAGCAGUUCACCGAGGUUUAAUGUUUAUGGAAAUGAUUUCGGGUGGGGAAAGCCAAUUGCAGUAAGAAGUGGACCUGAGAACAAGUUUUGUGUGAAGAUAACCGUUUUUCCAGGAGUUGAGGAAGGGAGUAUGGACACUGAAGUUUGCACUUUUCUUGAGAUUUUGGAGGCCAUGGGACAUGACUCCGAGUUCAUGGCUGCUGUCAAUUGAAUUCUCAUCUUCUUCAGAAGAGAUUUAUGAACUUGCUCUGCAUUUUGUUUCCACCCCUUAAUCAGAAUCAUCUAUCAUGUAUAUGUGAUCUUAGUGCUUAAAUUUGAAAUAAAUUUUAGCUUUUUGUUAAAAAAAAAUUAAGAUUGUAGAAUCGGAUAUCCGUGGGGGUGUACUGAGGGAUGGUGAAAGUGCAUUUAUUGCUAGUCCUUUCUGGAUAAUUUUCAGAAUGUAGGGCACCAGGGAUUGCAGAAGCCAUGAGGUUAAGAGAGGUGCUGGUGUGGUUGACAGAUUUCUAUUAAAUUAGGGAACUGGUUUGUCUCUGUAUUGGAUUAAAUCAGCAAAAACACUGUAAGAGUUUGAUCUCUUUCAAUUUUUAUGUAUUUUUUAGAAAAAAAUUUGUAAGUUUU